CGUAAUAGCCAAUAGCCGGGCACCAGGGAGCAUGUAGUGUUGAUAGCGCAGGAAGGUGUGUUACGAUUUAGCAAUUUUGACACCAGAUUUUUGCUCGAAUUUCACCUAAAACUAACCUUGCAGCGAGAUCGAGUGGGAGACCUAGAUACCUUGAGGUAGUAUCACAAUUUUGGUACCCGUUGGCGGGUUGAAAAUCCUGCCUAACCAUGUUGGAAGACGAGAUCGUGUACGGCACCGCUGACGACGGGGACGUCAGCGUGAUGUCGGAGCGGGUGCAGGCAUUGGCGUCCAGCAUCUACCGGGAGUUUGAGCGGAUGAUCAAGUGCUACGACGAGAACGUGGUCAAGGAGCUCAUGCCGCUCGUCGUCAGCGUCUUGGAGAACUUGGACAGCACGGUGGGCGACAAUAAGAAGUUCGAUGUGGAAGUGGAGCUGUUGAAGGAUGACAAUGAACAGCUGAUCACGCAAUACGACAGGGAAAAACAACUCCGUAAACAAGCUGACCAGAAAUUCCUGGAGUAUGAGGACGCCAACGAUCAAGAAAGGAGGGCAUUGCAGGCUCGUGUGGAGAACCUGGAAUUGGCCCAGAAACAAAUGACGCUAAAAGUCAAGAAUUACACUGACCAAGUGGCUCGGCAUGAGUACAGGGAAUCAGAGAUGAAACAGGAAUACAUGAUACUACAGAAGAGACAUAACGAGGUCCUACAGAAGUACAUGGAGCAUGUUGAGAGGCUCAAGAUGGCAGGCCAGACCGAUUCAGUUGGCAGUCCCAGGUUAUUCAGGUUAAACCUCAACCGUCCCCACUCCCCGAUUCUCAUGGAGGGGGAUGUGAGCGGGGUCACAAACGAAACCGAAACGGCACACUCCCUGAACUCUCCCAGCGCACAGCAGAGGAACUUUGUCCCCAACGAGCAAGCCAAUAACUCGGACCUCCACCAUGAGAUCAUGACCUCGCCCGACCGGGAGAUUCUCGACGGGAAAAAAUCGAAGAAGACGCCGCAGAAGACAAUUGAGACGCAGGCGGGCGUGGAUACCAGCAACGCUGCCACAGUCACAAGUCCACAGCAGGAUAAUCGUACGAUGAAUCCUGAGCUAGCUGCCAUUGUCGACAGCACACCAGAGCUGAAUGACAAGAGGGCAAAGAGAAUUAACAUAGCCGGCAGUCAAGGGGAGAGUUACUCUACAAUUUUUGACGAGCUGGAUCCAUCGUUGAUUACGGAGAUGGACGAAGGAGCAAGCAUUACAGCCGUUGAAGACUAUCUGCUCACACAAUUCAAACUCUCUACUGAUUCCAUGCAUGCCUUUCAAAACGCAGUGGAUCCAUCAGAGUUCUCGGAUGAUAGUGAGGAAAGUGAUGUAUCCUAUGGUUUUGAUGUCAUGUCGCCAGAUAAUUUCUACGGUAUGGGGAAGGAAGUGGAAAACAUCCUGUUGGAAAACUCCGAGCUCCGGGCAACAAAGAAUGCUCUGAACGUAGUCAAGGAUGACUUGAUUGCUACGGUGGACGAGCUCAAGUCUGAGAUAGAAGUCCAGCGCCAGGAGAUUAAUGGUGUCAAGACCACCAAAGGAAGACUGAGUCUGCGAAUCACUGAGCUGGAAGAGGAAAUCAAGAAACUGAGAGAGGAGAAUGACAAAGUCGCCGCUGUGGACGAGGACGAGGGGGUGCCCAUGGCUCAGCGGAAACGCUUCACCCGCGUCGAGAUGGCCAGAGUCCUGAUGGAGAGGAAUCAAUACAAGGAACGAUUGAUGGAACUACAGGAGGCAGUACGGUGGACGGAAAUGAUCAGAGCUUCCAGGGAGCACCCAUCCUUUGAAGGCAAGAAGAACAAGUCGACAAUCUGGAAGUUUUUCAGCAACCUGUUCAGCACUACCCCGGCGGCUCCACAGAGAAGACCCAGCCCCCAUCACGGCAACAUCCGCUACAACGCCCCGACGUCCAGCGUCACUCCGUCCGGCAAACAGCGCAGCCAGACCAUCGCCUCCCUGGACAACAGAACACGGGCAUUCGAGUUCCUUGAGGACGGUGACCCACGGAGCAACAAGGACAAACGAGAGCAGUAUAAGAAAGUCAAGGCCCAUGUACGGCAGGACGACGGCCGAGUGCAAGCCUACGGAUGGAGCCUGCCGGCUAAGCUGCCUAGCCCACCCAAGGGCCCUGCUCAACAGACAGGGAGCCUGUUAGGGGUACCUGUCCCGGUGUUCUGUCGACCACUGACAGAGAAAGAACCAGGAACAAAGAUCUGGUGUGCAGCAGGGGUGAAUCUGACAGGCGGUCGUACCAGGGACGGUGGUUCCAUAGUUGGGGCCAGUGUGUUCUACUCCAACAGUGCCCCGGACCAGCCAAUCAGGAAGGAGAGAUCGGACUCGGAGCUGAACAGACUGGAUGACGAAAUCACACAACAACAGAAAGCGAUCUGCGACAGCAAGAAGAGCCAGCUGUCCUCCCUAGUCUGGAUAUGCUCCACAACCAAAGACAUGAGUAAAGUGACGGUGAUCGACGCCAAUCAGCCCCAGGUCCUGCUGGACGCUUUCCCUGUCAAGAACCCACACAUUCUCUGCAUUGCUAGUGUCCCAGGAGCGAUGGAGAGUGACUAUCCUUCCGAGGACAUAGAAGCGGCCGAUGACACGGCGUCUGUCAACUCGGUCACUAGUAACGGCAGCGACAGCGGUUUCGGUAACAUCACAUUGGUGACAGUCAGUGUUCCCGUCACGCCCAGGAGCGCAACGCCGUCAUCUGAAAAGGGCGAUGGCACCCAUGGAGAGGAAGGCACUGAAUUCAAAGCGGAGGUCAGCGAUGCCAAGUUCUCCAACAUCUCCUCGGUUGAGGACGCGGAACAAUCUAUCACCAAGGCAGCCACCACGGCCCCCUCAGCAGACACCGUCGGCAUGGAGGGACUCGUCAGAGACGAACACUUCGGCCGAGGAAACUCUACCUCGAGCACAGAGUCAGAGCAUUCAGGUGACCCCCUGGGCGUGACCAACGACCCCAUCCCGUUGGAGAUACUGAGGCACCGGUCAAGCACAGCUGGGGCCAGCGAUCUCUUGAAGGACGGCCUGUCAGCCGCGCCGACUGAAAACGACGUCAUGCAUGAAGAGUUUGAGAAGAUGACGAGCAUCAAGCCGACGAUGUGGAUGGGAGGACAGGACGGAUGUCUGUACGUACAUUCGGCCGUCUCUCAGUGGAGGAGGUGUCUACACUCAAUCAAACUCAAGGACUCAAUCUUAUCAAUUGUGCACACCAAGGGCCGUGUUCUUGCAGCGCUGGCCAACGGCACGAUAGCAGUCUUCCACAGAUCAACAGACGGUCAAUGGGACGUGAACAACUAUCACCUACUGGACUUGGGUCGUCCUCAAUACUCCAUACGAUGCAUGGUCCUUGUGUAUGACAGGAUCUGGUGUGGUCUCAGGAACAAAGUGCACGUCAUACACCCACAGACGCUCAAAGUCGAGCGAUCGUUUGACGCUCACCCUCGUAAGGAGAGCCAGGUCCGACAGCUAGCCUGGCAAGGCGACGGAGUGUGGGUGUCCAUCAGACUAGACAGCACACUGCGUCUGUAUCAUGCACAUACCUACCAACACCUCCAAGAUGUGGAUGUUGAUCCUUAUGUCAGCAAAAUGCUGGGCACGGGAAAGCUGGGUUUCUCCUUUGUACGCACCACUGCCCUGAUGAUAGCCUGCAACCGGCUAUGGGUGGGUACCGGCAACGGUGUCAUCAUCUCCAUACCGCUAACAGAAACGACUAAGCCUACUCCAACAGGCGGCAGUCGGCCAGGCGGUGUAAUCAGGGUCUACUCAGACAGCAAGACAGACAAUGUCCGGCCCGGUAACGUCAUACCGUUCUGCAGCAUCACGCAGGCCCAACUGUCCUUCCACGGGCACAGGGAUGCCGUCAAAUUCUUUGUGGCCAUACCGGGCACAGCAGGUGGCAUGACCACAUCCAACUCCAGUUCUGCGUUGGACGUCGCCCAGAGCAAGACCGCCAUGGAUAAAGGAGCAAUCAAGAACAUGUUGGUCAUGAGUGGAGGGGAGGGAUACAUCGACUUCAGAGCAGGUGACGGAGACGAUGAGGAUGAAAGCACAGCCAGCAACAACUACGGCGAUGAUCUGACCAACUCGUCCCGCGCCGCUCGGAACGAGAGGAGUCACCUGAUCGUCUGGCAGGUCUCGGGGGUCGCAGAGUAAAGCCACGCCCACCCCGCACACCCCAGAAAAAAUGGGCGGAGCUAAGGACAGCUCAAACCGUGACAACAAGAAAGGCCAGUUGAAGAACAGUGAUGAUUUACAGCAAAGACCGCCCUCAACCGCUGAUGCACGGAGCUGAUGAAACUAAGUUGAUAAGUUUCGCAUCUUAAAAAAUUGAAGAAUUUGUGGGAUAAAAUGAAAUCAUUCCCUAACAAUCACUAUUUUGCAAGUCGAGCUAAGGGCAUGCUUACGUAACUGCAAGUUUGUUGAGUGUUAUAGUGAUUCAGCAGUAAAGCUAGUCUGUUUCAAGCAGCAUGUGAAGCCUUGUCUGAAGAAGUGCCAUGCUGCCUUGGGAAAAGACUAGGCAUCUACCUGUCGUUAUGUCCUCCCCUGUCUGUCCGUCAGCCCAUUUGCCUAUCUAUCUCUGUCCAUGUUAGUGGCCAGUAUGUCUGUGCUCAUGUUGUUAAAAAAAAACAUGUUCUGUUAGUUUCAAAAUUUGAUGUUUUAAACUAGAAUCUUGCCUGCAUGCUGCUACCAAUGCCUGUACAUAGUGCAGUCUCUGUAAAUAUGACCAUGUGACAAUGUUUUAGUCUGCAAAUUGAUUUCUCCACAAAUUUGGUUUUUUUUUAUGAUUGAUGAAAAUCAGUAUUAACUGCCAGGUGUCUGAAAAUUAAAGUUUAAUCCUACAAGUAACAUUGACACUAUUUGAAUGGAAAGGUGACAUUUUCUGGAUAAAACAUGUACAUUUUAAAGUAGGACCAAUACAUGCUUCUUGUCACUAGCUUCAACUUCAACUACUAAGUGGGCAGACUAAAUUUUAAAAAAAAAAGAGGAAAACGGAGGUAAACAGUAGUUAAGGGCGCGUAGAAACAUUUGCCAUUUCCUGCAAACGUACAUCUACCAAUUUAACAAGAAAAUCCUUGCUCAA